AUGAUCAGCACAAAGAAGCUUAUUAAGCUUGCAAGAAAAUGGAGAACGAUGGCAGUUGCCACCAGAAAGAGGAUCUCUUGGCCACGACCAUUAGACAAUGAGGGUCACUUUGUUGUCUACACAACAGAUGGAAGACGGUUUAUGAUUCCUUUGGCUUCUCUCAAUACCGAGAUAUUCAUCAACCUCCUCCGAAUAGCUGAGGAAGAGUAUGGCGUAACACGUUCAGGGCCAAUUAUGCUACCUUGUGAUUCGAAUUUCAUGGAGUAUGCAGUCAGUAUGAUACAAAGAGGUGUAGAUGUAGACUUGGAGAAAGCACUAAUUAUGUCCUUAGCUAGCUGCAGAUACUCAUUAUCACAAGACCAUCGAGAACAAACGAAACCACAGUUCAUAUGUAGUUUUUAGAGAACAAAUGCACUUGCCUCUGUUGUACAAAUUAUAUAGUAAAAUUUUGCCUAGCAAAUUAAUGACAGUUAGAAUAGAAAUUAUGUUUAAAAGUUUUUGCCUUUUUAGUCGUUUUUCCUUUGCACUUGAUAUUAACUGCACAUGAUCCAUAAUUGAAUGGCCUAACUUUUCGGAAGUUUCGUAGAACUACGCUGUAUCCUUCCCGGAACAUAACCUAUU